AUUUUCCUUACAGUUACAAUAAAGUGAUUUUUAAUAUUAUUCCUUAAAAUUACAUAGAAACAGUACAUUACUUAUAACAAAAAACAUAAAACGAAACGUCAUUUCAAAUGCAAGAAAAUAACAAAAAUGGCUGAAGAACAGGAGGUGAUACAAAUAGAGGUGCUGUGUAAGCAGCUAUACGAAUCACAAGACCCGAAUGUCCGGGAUCAGGCUGAGAAAGCGGUCGUCGCAUUCCAGGAAUCUCCAGAUACGCUAAGCAAAUGCCAGGCCCUACUGGAGCGGGCAGACUCCAGCUACUCACAGCUGCUGGCCGCCACCACGCUCUCCAAGUUGAUCAGCAGGUCGACAACGAGCCUGUCGGUGCAGCAACGUCUCGACAUAAGGAACUAUGUGCUCAACUAUCUCGCCACGCGGCCCAAACUCGCCAACUUCGUCAUACAGUCACUAGUGUCCCUGUUCGCGCGGAUCACGAAGCUCGGCUGGUUUGACGUGAUCAAGGAGGAGUACGUCUUCCACAGUGUGAUGAAUGACAUCACCAGCUUUCUGCAGGGUCCAGCGGACAUGUGCACAGUGGGAGUACAACUCCUGUCGCAGCUUGUGGUCGAGAUGAACCAAGUGUCAGAGGCGGAUGCGAACAGAUCUCUGGCCAAGCAUAGAAAAAUUGCCUCCUCAUUUCGUGACGGGCAGCUAUUCGAGAUGUUCCGGCUGGCGUGCUCCCUGCUGAGCGCCACGCGCGGGAAGCAGCUGGAGGUGGAGCUGGCCGACGAGCGCCAACACGCGCUGCUGGCCGCCGUGCUGCGGCUCGCGCACAACUGCCUCACCUUCGACUUCAUAGGCACCACCAGUGAUGAGUCCUCGGACGAUCUCUGCACUGUUCAGAUACCAACGUCGUGGCGACCGACCUUCCUGGAGCCAGGUACGCUGGAGCUAUUCUUCUCCCUGUACCACGCACUGGGUGGCGGGCUAGCCAGCCUGGCGCUCGCCUGCCUCGUACAGAUCGCCUCCGUCCGACGUUCCCUCUUCAGCAAUACCGAGAGAGCCAAGUUCCUGAACCGGCUGGCGGCCGGUGUGCUUAGAAUACUGGAGAAUACUCAGGGCCUAUCAGACCCCACCAAUUACCACGAGUUCUGUCGGCUGCUGGCGCGUCUCAAGUCCAACUAUCAGCUCGGCGAGCUGGUCAUGGUGGACAACUACCCGCGGCUGAUCGAGCUUGUCGCCAAGUUCACCGUGCAGAGCUUGCAGAUGUGGCAGUUCGCGCCGAACUCUGUCCACUACCUGCUGUCGCUGUGGCAGCGCAUGGUGGCGUCGGUGCCGUACGUGAAGGCCACCGAGCCGCACCUCCUCGAGACGUACGCGCCGGGCGUCACGCAGGCCUACAUAGUGUCACGGCUCGACUCGGUCUCAUGUGUUAUAAGCGAGGGUGUCGAAGAUCCUCUAGACGAGGUGGGAACAGUCCAACAGCAGUUGGAACAGCUGUCUGUGAUCGGACGCUGCGAGUACGGGAAGACCUGUCAACUGCUGGUCGCGCAUUUCGACCGCGCCGCAGCCGCCUACAGCGUGGAGCAGCAGCCUCACCAGUUGCUGGUGCUGCAAGGUCAGCUGACUUGGCUGGUGUACAUCAUUGGAGCGGCGAUCGGUGGACGAGCGUCGGCCAACACCAGUGACGACAACGACGCCAUGGACGGCGAGCUGGUCUGCAGGGUGCUGCAGCUCAUGAACCUUACAGACUCCAGGCUCACCAGGGGCGGUUGUGAGAAACUGGAGCUGGCGAUGAUGUCGUUCUUCGAGCAGUUCCGCAGGAUAUACGUGGGCGAGCAAGUGCAGAAAAACAGCAAAGUGUACCGGCGGCUCAGCGAGGUGCUCGGCCUCAGCGACGAGAGUCAGCUGCUCAGCGUGCUCAUGAGGAAAAUCAUCACAAACCUGAAGUACUGGGGCGGCAGCGAGCAGAUAAUAGCGAAGACCCUCGGUCUGCUGAGCGACCUGAGCGGCGGCUACUCGUGCGUGAGGAAGCUGGUCAAACUCGAGGAGACGCAGUUUAUGCUCACGCACCACACGGCCGAACACUUCCCGUUCCUGGGCAUCAGCGGCGUGGGCACCUCCGAGAUGCGGUGCCGCACGAUGCUGUACACGGCGCUCGGCCGCCUCCUCAUGGUGGAGCUUGGCGAGGACGAGGAGCGCUUCCAUGCGUUCAUGAUGCCAAUCACAGCGGCGUUCGAGAGCCUGAUCGGGCCGCUGGGCGGCGGCGAGGGCGGCGUGUUCGCGUCCGAGGAGGCGCGGAAGACGCUGGUGGGGCUCGCGCGCGACCUGCGCGGCCUCGCCUUCGCCUUCAACACCAAGACCACCUACAUGAUGCUCUUCGACUGGAUCUAUCCAGUAUACAUGAAGGUGCUACUGCGAGGCAUCGAGGUUUGGUUCGCGGAGCCGGCGCUCACGACGCCCGUGCUGAAGCUGACGGCUGAGCUCGCGCAGAACAGAAACCAGCGGCUGCACUUCGACAUCAGCUCGCCCAAUGGCAUUCUGCUGUUCAGAGAACUAUCCAACAUUAUAUGCGCUUACGGUAGUCGAAUAUUAACAAUAGACGUUGGCAAAAAACAAAUGUACGCAAUGAAAUUGAAAGGGAUUUCGCUCUGUUUCUCCAUACUGAAGGCAGCGCUGUGCGGCAACUACGCCAACUUCGGUGUGUUCCGGUUAUACGGCGACGAGGCGUUAGACAAUGCGUUGAAUAUGUUUGUGAAGCUGCUUUUAAGUAUACCACACAGUGAUUUACUGGACUACCCGAAACUGUCACAAACAUACUACGUUCUUCUAGAGAGGCUUGCCCAGGACCACAUGCCGUUCCUGGCGUCGCUGCAGCCCGACGCGACCCUGUAUAUACUGUCCUCCAUCUCGGAGGGGCUCACGGCGCUCGACACGAGCGUGUGCACGGGAUGCUGUGCCACCCUGGACCACAUAGUGACAUAUCUAUUUAAACAGUUAGUAAGAAAGACUAGCAACAAAGUUACGAACCCGCGACAGCCGCCGCCGCAGACAAGCAACAUGUUCAUAGAGGUGCUGCAGCGGCGGCCCGAGAUCAUGCAGCAGCUGCUCGCCACGGUAUUGAACGUGAUUAUGUUCGAGGACUGCUGCAACCAGUGGUCGAUGUCGCGGCCGCUGCUCGGCCUUAUCCUCCUUAACGAGGAGCAGUUCGCGAGGAUUCGCGGCGAGAUGAUCGCGCAGCAGCCGCGCGACAAGCAGCCGCAGCUCGCGCAGUGGUUCAACGGGCUAAUGGCCGGCAUCGAGCCCAACCUACUCACCAAGAAUAGGGACAGAUUCACACAAAACCUAUCGAUGUUCAGACGGGACAUCACCGAUCUCAUCAGAGGCGCCUCAGUCAACAUGGGCGGCUCUGUCAACGACAUGAUGACGUCGUAACACCCCGGCCGCGGCACGGAGGACGUUCCCGAGUAUGACGAUGUGUUCGUUAUGUGAAGUUGUUUUGUAGGUAAACUCGACACACCACUGUCACAUCCACUAGGCGUAGGCGUUCCCGAGUAUGAUGUGCAAAUCGUAUACGCAUCGGGAAUUGUUUAAAUUUGAAAUGUGAGUAUGCAUUUUCGAUCGUAACGGACGAAUGUUUUGAAUAUGGAAUGAGAUAUGUUUUUUAAUCUGUUAAAAUAAUUUUACGCGAAUUUAUAGGUUUUUUUUUGUUAUUGCUAUAUUUACAGAUGUCUGUGACUACGUUUGAAUUUGAAAAUGGAAUAAAAUUAGAACUAUCUAAUAUUCUAGCGGUUGAUGACGUAAAUCAAUAUGAUGAACUAGUAAUAAUAAGUAUUAAUAAAUCAUUUAAAAAAAUAUAUAAUUCUAAACAAAGCGGGCGUUCUCGAGUAUGAUUUCAUUUUAGGACCAAACUUUCAGCGUUCCCGGGUAUGACGACGGCCAUCUGUUGAGUCUUGAUAAUAUUUUAAGUUAUCCUAUUUUUUUGUCUACAUAUACCCAUAAAAUGUUGAACUAUGUGAUGUCUGACCGAGUGACAUUCCACAUGAUGUAAAUUGACGCGAGUCUGUAUGGAUUUGUAUGGAAAAUGUAUGAGACGGGCAAUUGACAUGCAAAUAAUAUUGUGUAAAGUGAAAUUGUGAAUGUUAUGAAUCAAUAGGUUCCUGUAUCAAAUAGUAUUGAGAAAUUGUAUGGGAGAUAUCACCAUAGUCGUAGAAUACUGACGGAUCUUUAUACGUAAUCUUUGUCAGAUCCGUCAGUAUUCUACGACUGUGACGAUAUGUUGUUAUAGCUACAAUAAUGUAACCGUAGAUUUCACAGUUUAACUUGGGUUUUAAAGUCACAAAUACAGGGCCAAAUUAACUAUAUUAAGGAAAUACAUGUUUCGCUCUAAUAUAAUCUAAGAAAAAAAACUAUUACAGCCGAAUUAACCAUAUCAGGGUACCUAGACAAUCUGAACAAACAUAAACCCAGACAGUCUGCACAGGUACCUCUGUCCCAUUCCGUGUCUCCAUGUGUUCCGGUUUGAAGGGUGAGAUAUAGCUAUGAAAUUACAGGGUAUGGAGGCAUGAAUAGUCCUCAAGAAUGGCAACGCAUGGAAAGGAAUCAUGGGCGAAACAGUACACUCUGUUAUAUCCAUGGUACUGUUCGUGUCUAUAGGUGACGGUUACCACUUUUCAUUAGGUGGGCCCUCAGCUUGUUUGCCAUUCUAAAUUGUAUAAAAAAAAACCUGCAAUGCCUUUGGUGGUGUGGGUGAUCAUGGAUGUUUGCCAUUCUAAAUAUGUUAAAAAUAAAAAGUUAUUUCCAUGCUCCUUGCAAAGUAAAUUCAAGUCUAAUUUCUCUUACUAUUUGGUACUUAUAUAAUGUAUCUAGAGGCUUACAAAUGCGUGUAAUAAUAUGUGAAUUCAAUUGUCUUUUUUUUUUAAUUAACAACCUUAAUUAAAAUGAAUUAUUAACAAAAUUAAAGAUUUUUAAUAAAAAAUAUUUUUUUCUGUAGUAGGUAGGUAUGUUUUGUGAUUGUCAUUAUGUCUUUGUGGAUUUUGAUGAUUCCUUUUUUUUAUCGAAAUAAGUAAUAUCCUUCACGUAUAAUUGAAGAUUUUUUGUCGUAAAACUUAAUUCAAAACAGUCAGUUGCUUUAAGUAUUAAAAUAUUGCACUAUUUUCCACUUUUCUCUUCAAAUUUUGAGCUAUAUAAUAUAAUAUGGAUGCCUCUCCAAAAUCCAAAGAAUUAAAAAUGUGUGAGUAAUAUUUCCAAGGUUCCGACCGAGGGAUAUAAUACUCCUCCGUCCGGACCGCUACUUAAGACGUUUCCUCACAAACACGAAAAGAGCGGCGCGUCUGUACAUGGACACGCACGUUGAAGGAAGACAGAGGGGCGUGCCAUGUUAACGUGGACAAUUUAUAAAUAUGAAUUAAUUACUUUAGUAUUUUGGAAAUAUUCUCUUUAGAAUAUCACAUAUUAUUCCACGUGAUUGUACAUGGUUUUGUAGUGGUACACUGGUCAUAAUGAAUUUUGUGUUCCAUUCAUGAAGUGGCCGUAAGUUUUCACAUCGUUUCGCGUUUAAUCCUAUUUAUCGCGUUCUCUUUCCAUUUCCUUUAAAACGACAGAGACACGAUUGUACGCCAUUAGCAGUUCUAUAUUUUGGCUGUGCUUUCUUAUGUUGAAUUGCUCUUUGGCGGGAAAUCGUUGUCGACUUUUCUUAAUCGAACAGAAAAGCAGAUAGGUAUACAGCCGAAACUCGUAGGUACUAUUCUUAAUCUAUGAUAAGCAUAGAUUAAGAAAGUACUAUUUUAGUGUUUGAUUGGAUUCGUCAGAUCAUUCUAAUUAUUUUUGGAUAUUUUUUUAUAUAUUUAUAUAUUUUAGUAUUUUAAUUUGGUUAUGAUUAUUCUUUGUCUUGUUAAUUGUAUUGUCAAAUAUUUCAUAUUUAUUUGUAAUCAAGUAAUGGUAAUAGUAUUUGAAUGUUACGAUGUUAAUAUAAUUGCUGUUCUUAAAUUGUUGCAUGUCUGAUAGGGUAUAAAUUCAAAGCAAUGAUUACUGCUAUAUGUAUGUACACAGCAAUAAAAUUCUAUUCUGUUCUAUUCUAUUCUUUUUUAUUCUAUUCUAUUCUGUUCUAUUCUAUUCUAUUCUAUUAAAAUGGAGCGCCAAAAUCAGAUUUUAAAAUUGGAUGUGACAACUUACGGCUUCUUCAUCUGUAAUGAGUUUUUUUUUCCUAUAGCGAUAUAUUAUGGUAGAUGUGAGGUAUAUGAAUAUGAUUUUCCUAGGUCAGUGAGCGCGCGGGCACCUUGUAAAUAAAUACAUAAAUAAAAUGUGAUUUGUACAAAGCAGA